AAAAAAAGAAAAAAAAAAGGAGGAGGAGGAGGAGGGUGAGAGAGAAGCUGGGAGAGCAGAGAAAAGGGGCCACCGGUCGCCCCCCCGCUUCCCCGCACGCUCUCUCCAGCCGCGGCCGCCCGCCUGCCGCGGUCACCCCGGCCUCUGCCUCUGUCCCCCAGUGAUCGGAUCAAGGCGCUGAGCGAGGCCCUGCCUGCGGGGCGGCCAUGCGGCGGUGACAGGAGCGCGGCCGACACGCACGGGCCCCUCGCCCCCUCUCGCCUCCCGCCCGCUCGCCAGCUCCCCUCAGCCGAGGCUGCUCCGCGGCGGCCGCAGCGCGCGCGCGGCCCACACUCGCCUCCCCUCGGCACCCCCGGCCCCGGCGCUGCCUGGAGGCGGCCGCACUCGGGGAUCAUGGCCCAAGUUGCAAUGUCCACCCUGCCCGUUGAAGAUGAGGAGUCCUCAGAGAGCAGGAUGGUGGUGACAUUCCUCAUGUCAGCUCUCGAGUCCAUGUGUAAAGAAUUGGCCAAGUCCAAAGCCGAAGUGGCCUGCAUUGCAGUGUAUGAAACAGACGUGUUUGUCGUCGGAACUGAAAGAGGACGUGCUUUUGUCAAUACCAGAAAGGAUUUUCAAAAAGAUUUUGUAAAAUAUUGUGUUGAAGAAGAAGAAAAAGCUGCAGAGAUGCAUAAAAUGAAAUCUACAACCCAGGCAAAUCGGAUGAGUGUAGAUGCUGUAGAAAUUGAAACACUCAGAAAAACAGUUGAGGACUAUUUCUGCUUUUGCUAUGGGAAAGCUUUAGGCAAAUCCACAGUGGUACCUGUACCAUAUGAGAAGAUGCUGCGAGACCAGUCGGCUGUGGUAGUGCAGGGGCUUCCGGAAGGCGUUGCCUUUAAACACCCCGAGAACUAUGAUCUUGCAACCCUGAAAUGGAUUUUGGAGAACAAAGCAGGGAUUUCAUUCAUCAUUAAGAGACCUUUCUUAGAGCCAAAGAAGCAUCUAGGUGGUCGUGUGAUGGUAACAGAUGCUGACAGGUCGAUACUAUCUCCAGGUGGAAGUUGUGGUCCCAUCAAAGUGAAAACUGAACCCACAGAAGAUUCUGGCAUUUCCCUGGAAAUGGCAGCUGUGACAGUAAAGGAAGAAUCAGAAGAUCCUGAUUAUUAUCAAUAUAACAUUCAAGGAAGCCAUCAUUCUUCAGAGGGCAAUGAAGGCACAGAAAUGGAAGUACCAGCAGAAGAUUCUACUCAACAUGUCCCUUCAGAAACAAGUGAGGACCCUGAAGUUGAGGUGACUAUUGAAGAUGAUGAUUAUUCUCCACCUUCUAAGAGACCAAAGACCAAUGAACUACCACAGCCGCCAGUCCCAGAACCCGCCAAUGCUGGGAAGCGGAAAGUGAGGGAGUUCAACUUUGAGAAAUGGAAUGCUCGCAUCACUGAUCUACGUAAACAAGUUGAAGAAUUGUUUGAAAGGAAAUAUGCUCAAGCCAUAAAAGCCAAAGGUCCGGUGACGAUCCCAUACCCUCUUUUCCAGUCUCAUGUUGAAGACCUUUAUGUAGAAGGACUUCCUGAAGGAAUUCCCUUUAGAAGGCCAUCUACUUAUGGAAUUCCUCGCCUUGAGAGGAUAUUACUUGCAAAGGAAAGAAUUCGUUUUGUGAUUAAGAAACAUGAGCUUCUGAAUUCAACACGUGAAGAUUUACAGCUUGAUAAACCAGCUUCAGGAGUAAAGGAAGAAUGGUAUGCCAGAAUCACUAAAUUAAGAAAGAUGGUGGAUCAACUUUUCUGCAAAAAAUUUGCGGAAGCCUUGGGGAGCACUGAAGCCAAGGCUGUACCGUACCAAAAAUUUGAGGCACACCCGAAUGAUCUGUAUGUGGAAGGACUGCCAGAAAACAUUCCUUUCAGAAGUCCCUCAUGGUAUGGAAUCCCAAGGCUGGAAAAAAUCAUUCAAGUGGGCAAUCGAAUUAAAUUUGUUAUUAAAAGACCAGAACUUCUGACUCACAGUACCACUGAAGUUACUCAGCCAAGAACGAAUACACCAGUCAAAGAAGAUUGGAAUGUCAGAAUUACCAAGCUACGGAAGCAAGUGGAAGAGAUUUUUAAUUUGAAAUUUGCUCAAGCUCUUGGACUCACCGAGGCAGUGAAAGUACCGUAUCCCGUGUUUGAAUCAAACCCGGAGUUCUUGUAUGUGGAAGGCUUGCCAGAGGGGAUUCCCUUCCGAAGCCCUACCUGGUUUGGAAUUCCACGACUUGAAAGGAUCGUCCGCGGGAGUAAUAAAAUCAAGUUCGUUGUUAAAAAACCUGAACUAGUUAUUUCCUACUUGCCUCCUGGGAUGGCUAGUAAAAUAAACACUAAAGCUUUGCAGUCCCCCAAAAGACCACGAAGUCCUGGGAGUAAUUCAAAGGUUCCCGAAAUUGAGGUCACUGUGGAAGGCCCUAAUAACAACAAUCCUCAAACCUCAGCUGUUCGAACCCCUACCCAGACUAAUGGUUCUAACGUUCCCUUCAAGCCACGAGGGAGAGAGUUUUCCUUUGAGGCCUGGAAUGCCAAGAUCACGGACCUAAAACAGAAAGUUGAAAAUCUCUUCAAUGAGAAGUGCGGGGAAGCUCUUGGCCUUAAACAAGCCGUGAAGGUGCCGUUCGCAUUAUUUGAGUCUUUCCCGGAAGACUUUUACGUGGAAGGCUUACCUGAGGGCGUGCCAUUCCGAAGACCAUCGACUUUUGGCAUUCCAAGGCUGGAGAAGAUACUCAGAAACAAAGCCAAAAUUAAAUUCAUCAUUAAAAAGCCCGAAAUGUUUGAGACGGCUAUUAAGGAGAGCACCUCCUCUAAGAGCCCUCCCAGAAAAAUAAAUUCAUCACCCAACGUUAAUACUACUGCCUCAGGUGUAGAAGACCUUAACAUCAUUCAGGUGACAAUUCCAGAUGAUGAUAAUGAAAGACUCUCGAAAGUUGAAAAAGCUAGACAGCUAAGAGAACAAGUGAAUGACCUCUUUAGUCGGAAAUUUGGUGAAGCCAUUGGUAUGGGUUUUCCUGUGAAAGUUCCCUACAGGAAAAUCACAAUUAACCCUGGCUGUGUGGUGGUUGACGGCAUGCCCCCGGGGGUAUCCUUCAAAGCCCCCAGCUACCUGGAAAUCAGCUCCAUGAGAAGGAUCUUAGAUUCUGCCGAGUUUAUCAAAUUCACGGUCAUUAGACCAUUUCCAGGACUUGUGAUAAAUAACCAGCUGGUUGAUCAGAGUGAGUCAGAAGGCCCCGUGAUACAAGAAUCAGCUGAACCAAGCCAGUUGGAAGUUCCAGCCACAGAAGAAAUAAAAGAGACUGAUGGAAGCUCUCAGAUCAAGCAAGAACCAGACCCCACGUGGUAGACCUCUUCCCUCCUAGGCUUAAAGUAUCAGUGGUUGAGAAGAGCUUUUCGGACGUGUCACUUCCCCAAGCUGUGUAAUAUACUUGUAUAACAGAAAUACCUUCUAUACAAACCUUUUUUUCUACUUUUAGAUAGAAAUGUCUACUUUUUCAGCAGUUCUGUGAAUUAAAGAGCAGAGUGACUGUGGGUCUGGAAUGGCUGGUGUACUUGGGAAUGUAUUAUCAGGAUUAUACAGCAAUGCUGGGAAACGACAGGGAAAAUGACAGGAAUGAAUCUCACCAGAUUUUUUAUGUACUCAGCAGAGCCUUGAGUUACGGUGUUUAUUUUCCAAUCAAGUGAAGAUAUCUCCUACUGGAACAUCUCAGCUUCUGCAGUGAAGAAAAAUUCCUGUGAUAGUUCAGUUCUUUAGUUUUUCUAUUUGAAAAAAAAAAAAAUCAUUUAAAUGAUCCUUUGUUCACGGCUCUCCUUAAUGACUGAGUGAACAGUUCCUAUCUGUAUAUUUGACUAAACCUUUUCCUAAGCUAUCUCUCAUGGUUCCUAUGUUUUUUUUUAUCAUAAUUAAAAGCAAAACCAUCUGGAUCACCUAACAGUCAGAGGUCAGUAUCUCAGCGUGUGAAUUACAGAGUAAAUACAGAGAGAACCUCUUCCACUUUUACUUUUCGUCCAAAUAAAAUGCAUGGUGUACCAGAAGUUGAAGAUCGGGUUGAGGAUUGGGGCUAGCUCGAUGACACUAAGGCCCCGACAUCGCGGGACCUGCUGUGGCGUGGAUUCUUAGGAACGUGGUUCUAGCCGGUCCCCUCUCCAGGGGUCGCCAUGGCCGGCAUUACUUCCUAGUUCUUCUUGUAACCCUGAGGUGCCAGCACGGGGAGGGAGGAGGGAUCAGGGGGCUGAGGAUGCAGCCUCUGACGUUCUGCGCCUUCCUAGGAGAGUCUUACAUGUGUUGAGAUUUCACAAGCAAUGCGAGUUGUAAAAUACCAGCUCUACAAGAAGCUAGGCUCUGUGACAGCAUAGUUCUCAGUAGCUUUAUCACAAUAUUCACAAUGGAGAAUUAUAUGACAUGGUAGCAGAAAUAGGCCCUUUUAUGUGUUGCUUCUAUUUUACCUCAAAUUGUAGAUAUAGGGUAAUCAAUAAAAUCCAUCCAUGCCUUUCACACACUAA